GGGAGGGGAGGGAGAGGGGGAGAGAGAGGGGACUAGCGCGCCAAGCUCGGCGCCCGCUCCUGCCCUGGUGGGCGCUGAAUCCGGGACCCGAGAGGAGGGCAGUGAAUGCGAAUGUGUGUCUCUCUCGAGUCAUUUACGGCGGAGCAGCCGGCGCGAGCGCCGAGGAGGCGGCGGCGGCGGCGACUGCUUCGUGCAACUGUGCCCUCCCCACGCCUCCUCUUCCUUUUUGCUCCUUGAUUUUUCUACCCCCACACAUGUCGAUGGAGAGCCGGCGCCCCUGCCGGCAUCUCCUCUCCACUCCGCCCGGUAGGCACCAGCUGCAGCCUCCCCAGCCGGGGGCUGCGCAGGUGCUGGGUGCCCUGGCCCCAGGGUCCUCGCCCUCCCCUCACCACCCGCAUCCUGGACUGGCCCUGCGAUCCGCUUGCCCAAACUGACUCGGAGAGAGCGAGAACCGAUGUCUGGCCGCACCCACCGCGACGGUGGAGGAGCCGGCGUCCAGGGGCAGGGGUGGGGGCGCAGGGAGGAGGAGGCGUCGGAGACGCUGAACCCGGAAAAGUUCAAGGUUUGUGCAGGUCCCCCCAAGGAAGGCGAGGAGCGAGGCCGGGCAGCGUGUCCCUCUGCUGAGACCGUGAGACCUGAGAGAAAAGAGGGGUGGCCCGGAGCUGUGGCUGGCCGAGCCCCUCUCCAUCCUGCAGCAUUGGGUAGGAGGCUGGAGUCGACGCUGGGAGCAGGAAGGGCCCAGGUCAAGGCGCAUUAGCUGGUUUUCCCUCUCCCUCCUUUUUCCAACCCCGUCUCGAUGGGGCAACCGGUUUCAGCCUCUCCACCCUCGCGCCAGCCACGGAGCUGCUGCCGGGCCAGGAGGCGCGGAGCCGGCCAGUGCUGAGCGCGGGCCCUGGUAGAGAUGAGCGAGAGCGCUGGAGUCCAAGAGCGAGCUCUGCGAGGGCACAGACAUCUGGAAGUCCACCUCGAGCUUUCCAACCGGGCGUCGCCUACGGUGGUGGCGACCCGCUUCGCUCGUCUCAGCACUGCACGGAAACUUUUCCUUCUCCGGAUGGAUUAAAGUUGCCUGGGAUUUCUCUUUCUUUGCGAAAGAAAUCAUUCAUUUGCACCUGGCCUGGGAUUUUUAUGUCGGGGCUGCCGCAGGGUUCUUGGAGGAGAAAAGCUGCGCUCUCCAUGUGGGGUUACCGCCGAAACCACAGAAAUUGGGGUUUGAGUUGGAAACCUGCACCCCUGAGCGAGUUCGGAUUCAAGCUGGGCCACAGAGCCAGACUAUCCGGCGCUUAGCUCUAGGCAGCUCCCGGGACUCCAGCGACUGGGCCCCGGGACCGCACGUGCGGCUCCCCCCUCGCCUCACAGAUCCUGCAGGGGGCACCAGCCCAGGGAGGUGGAGGCUCCUCCCGCCCGGAGCUGCGCCCCCACCAGCUCUGAGGGUGUAGCCCGCGGCGCCCGGGACGCCCCCUCCCCACAAAGUGUCCCCGAAUUGCGCUCCCGGGCCCCCGAAGCUUCGGCCGAGACUGCUGGCGCCACGGCCACGCUGAGCUGGAUGUGACCAAGUCUAGCCUGGGGCCAAGUCGUCGACUGUUGCCCCCUCGGACCCCUCCGCUACCACCCCACCAUGGUCCCAGAGAUGUCGGGCCGCGGUGGCGCCGCCCUGCUCUGCCUCUCGGCGCUGCUCGCCCACGCCUCCAGCCGCUCCCACCCGGCCAGCCCCACUCCGCUGGGGCCUCCCGCCAGCCCGGUGCUGCCCGUCAGCUACCGCCUGUCGCACACGCGGCUGGCCUUCUUCCUGCGGGAGGCGCAGCCCCCGUCGCCGGCGGUGACCAACGGCUCCCUGCAACGCUCUGAACCCUUCGUGGUGUUCCAGACCAAGGAGCUGCCGGUCCUCAACGUGUCCCUGGGGCCCUUCAGCACCAGCCAGAUGGUGGCGCGUGAGCUCCUGCAGCCGUCCAGCACCCUGGACAUCCCCGAGCGCCUGACGGUCAACUGGAAGGUGCGGGCCUUCAUCGUGCGCGCGCGCGUGCCAGCCUCGCAGCCCGUGGCGCAGGUGCUGUUCUACGUGGCCGGCCGCGACUGGGACGACUUCGGCGUGACCGAGAGGCAGAGCCCCACACAGCAUCCGCUGCUGCGCAUAGGUAGCAUCAGUCUCUUCCGCCCGCCGCCGCGGAGGACGCUGCAGGAGCACCGGCUGGACGGCAACCUGAUGAUCCGCUUGCCGGACCGUCCGCUCAAGCCCGGCGAGGUGCUCAGCAUCCUCCUCUACCUGGCCCCCAACUCCUCCUCGCCUUCCAGCCCCAGCGUGGAGCACUUCACACUCAGGGUGAAGGCCAAGAAGGGUGUGACCCUUCUAGGCACCAAAUCUCGGAGUGGCCAGUGGCACGUGACCUCGGAGCUGCUGACUGGGGCAAAGCACUCGACUGCUACGGUGGAUGUGGCUUGGGCCCAGGGCACACCCCUGCCCCCCUGGGAGGGCCAAGGCCCCCUGGAGAUCCUGCAGUUGGACUUUGAGAUGGAGAACUUCACCAGCCAGUCAGUAAAGCGCAGGAUCAUGUGGCAUAUCGACUACCGUGGCCAUGGUGCCCUGCCAGACCUGGAGAGGGCAGUUACAGAGCUCACAGUCAUCCAGCGAGAUGUGCAGGCCAUUCUGCCCCUGGCCAUGGACACAGAGAUCAUCAAUACAGCCAUCCUGACAGGCCGGACAGUGGCCAUCCCUGUCAAGGUCAUUGCCAUCGAGGUGACCGGCCUGGUCCUAGAUGUCUCUGCUGUAGUGGAAUGUGAGUCCGACAAUGAGGAUAUCAUCAAGGUGUCCAGCAGCUGCGACUAUGUAUUUGUGAGUGGAAAAGAGUCUCGAGGAUCCAUGAAUGCCAGGGUCACCUUCCGCUAUGAUGUCCUCAGUGCCCCCCUGGAAAUGACAGUCUGGGUUCCGAAGCUGCCUCUGCACAUUGAGCUCUCAGAUGCCCGCCUCAGCCAAGUGAAGGGCUGGAGGGUACCUAUCCUCCCGGACCGGAGGUCAGCCCGGGAGAGCGAGGAUGAGGACGAGGAGGAAGAGGAGCGGCGGCAGAGUGCCAGCAGAGGCUGCACCCUGCAGUACCAGCACUCCACCCUGCAGGUCUUCACCCAGUUCCACACCACGUCCUCCGAGGGCACCGACCAGGUGGUCACCAUGCUGGGCCCAGACUGGCUGGUGGAGGUCACAGACCUGGUCAGUGACUUCAUGCGGGUGGGCGACCCCCGUGUGGCACACAUGGUGGACAGUAGCACGCUGGCCGGCCUGGAGCCGGGCACCACCCCCUUUAAGGUGGUGUCCCCGCUGACAGAGGCCGUGCUGGGGGAGACGAUGCUGACAGUGACAGAGGAGAAGGUCAGCAUCACACAGCUGCAGGCCCAGGUGGUGGCCAGCCUGGCCCUCUCCCUGAGGCCCAGCCCUGGGAGCAGCCACACCAUACUGGCCACUACAGUGGCCCAGCAGACCCUCAGCUUCCUCAAGCAGGAAGCCCUCUUGAGCCUCUGGCUCUCCUACAGUGAUGGCACCACAGCCCCACUGUCCCUCUACAGCCCCCGGGACUAUGGACUGCUGGUGAGCAGCCUGGACGAGCAGGUGGCCACAGUGACCCAGGACCGGGCCUUCCCGCUGGUGGUAGCUGAGGCUGAGGGCUCAGGGGAGCUGCUCCGCGCCGAGCUGACCAUUGCUGAGAGCUGCCAGAAAACCAAGCGCAAGAGUGUGCUAGCCACGACCCCUGUGGGCCUGCGGGUGCACUUUGGGCGGGACGAGGAGGACCCCACUUAUGAUUACCCAGGCCCCAGCCAGGCAGGGCCUGGUGGGGGUGAAGACGAGGCUCGAAGAGCUGGUCCACCAGGCACGGGGGUCCCUGCACUGGAGGGCCCCGGCCCAGGCACAUCCAGCCCAGCAGUGCCACCCACAGAAGACUUCUUGCCACUGCCCACUGGCUUCCUGCAGAUGCCCCGGGGUCUGACCGACCUGGAGAUCGGCAUGUAUGCAUUGCUGGGUGUCUUCUGCCUCGCCAUCCUCGUCUUCCUUAUCAACUGCAUCGUCUUUGUGCUGCGAUACAGGCACAAGCGAAUCCCUCCGGAAGGCCAGACCAGCAUGGACCACUCCCACCACUGGGUGUUCCUGGGCAAUGGGCAGCCACUGAGGGUACAGGGCGAGCUCUCGCCACCUGUCGGCAACCCACUGGAGACUGUGCCCGCCUGCUGCCAUGGUGACCACCACAGCAGCGGCAGCUCACAGACCAGCGUCCAGAGCCAGGUGCAUGGCCGGGGCGAUGGCUCCUCUGGUGGUUCGGCCCGGGACCAGGCCGAGGACCCUGCCAGCUCACCCACCUCCAAGCGCAAGAGGGUGAAGUUUACCACUUUCACCACACUGCCCUCGGAGGAGCUGGCCUAUGACUCAGUGCCCGCGGGUGAGGAAGAUGAGGAGGAUGAAGAGGAACUGGGUUGGGGCUGCCCGGAUGUGGCAGGCACCACAAGGCCUACUCCACCUCCAGACCUGCAAAAUUACAUGCGCAGAAUCAAAGAGAUUGCAUAGAGGCUCCGUCCGGGGUGGCUGGAACAUCCCCCAUGCCGUCUGCUCUGGGUGGGACUCGGCCAGGACCUCCAUCUAACACUGAUGCAGGGCCAGCUGAGUGAUUUUAUAUCCCUUGCCCUUGCAGCUUUGCUCUGAGCCAACAGUCACCUCCCUGGUGUGGCCCUGCCUGUUGCCCACCUUUACCCUCUCACGCCCCUGCAGGUGGAGGGCUCCUUUCUCCCUGGCUUGCAGGAGGAAAGCGAUGCCAGCUGAGCUCUACCCUUUCCAAAUCUCCCGUCUCCAGCAACACCUGCCCCCAGAGUGAGGCUCAGAGGCCACCGGCUCCUGGGCGAGGUAGGCCCACAUUGUACCCGGCCCUGCCUCCUGAGUACCCUGUCUUUCCCCUUGUGCAGGGCAACCUGGGGGGUUUUGUGUCACAGGCUGCACAAAGACUUUUCUCAAACCAAUAUUCAGGGAUUUCCAUCCUGCAGGGUGGGGAGGUGGCACAGCUGCCUGCCUUGCCAAGGAUCUUGCUUCGGACAAAACAUUUGGGGGUUUGGGGACAGUUGUGGCAACUGCAGGCUCCCUGGUGCCUCCCAGGUCCUGAAGCUGACUUGAUAGAGAGGUCUGGUGUCAAGCAGGCACCUUCCAAGGUUCUUCCGGGGCUGUGACAGGACCCCAUGCAGGAGGAGUCCUCAUCUCUGUCUGGCCACACCACACCCCCACACUGUGGUCCUCGGGCCCCAGGGAGACUGGGUGCCCCUCUGCUGCAGCAAGAUCAACACUAGCACACCUUAGCCGCCCAGCUGUGCUCACACUGCUUCCCUCUGUGCCCAGGGAGGGCAGUCACUAUCUCCCCAGUGCAGAAUCCCUGGCUGGGAGAAGAAGGCACGUGGGAGGGUGUGAAGGACCUAGGGAGUGCUAAAGUCAGAGGGAGCAGGCACCUCCACUUCUCCAUCCCAUGGCCACUUUCUCUGGGUUCUGCCCACCACUGUGCUGGAUUUUUCAUAAAUAAAUGGAGGCCACCAGACUGGGGUGGGGGCAGCAGCUCCCAGCAAACAGAUGGUACACGUGGCUGACUCUGUCUCUUCCUUGUGCAUAUGAGCAUGUACACACAUGCAUGCACACACACACACACACACACACACACACCAC